UUGAAGCACAUUACACGUCUGAUAGAAGCAAGCGCACUAAGUUCUAGAGCGGAAACAAUUAAAGUUACUCGGUGUUAGCUUGUAUGUUAACUAUAUUAAAUAGUUAAAAAGAUAGCACACUUGUAGUGCUAAAAAUGUCUGAAGAUAAAAUUAAAGCUUUUUCACUUGGUGGAGUAGUUACCUCCAACAAAAGAACGUCUGAUAAAAGAAAGGAAUGAAAAAGGAUUAAAGUUAAAGAGGGAUGCAGAAGCCACUGCUGCGGUUUUUAAGGAGUACAUUGAAUCUUUUGAAGAACCCAAGCCAGCUGCUAAACAGACUUCGACUUUUGUAAGGGGUGAUACCAUUAUUGUCGGCUCGACAGAACUUAAGACACUUAAAAAAGAGGAUGCUACCAAGCUUUACAGCUUAGGAAGAGGGUUGAACAAAGGAACUCCUGGGUCUGACCCUCUUGCAGAAAGCAACACAGAAGUUCACAAGAAGAACAAACGUUCUAAAAUUAACAAAAAAUCAGAACUUGAACUCUUUAAGGAACAGUUGGAAGCUGAGGAGGCGCUUAAAAAAGCUGAAAUAGAAGAACGCGAGAGAAGAGAGAAGAGGAGAGAAGAGGAGCAGCACAGGAGACUUCUUCAGGCUCCACUCCCCUCUGGAAUCCCCAAUCUUCCCUCUUACGGACCGCCUUUGUACUCCCAUCCGGCCAUGCCCUUCGCUCAACCUCUAGCCGUCCCCGGAAUUCCUUUUGCUAUUCCUCCAAUUGUCCCUCCAGUGGCUGCAAAUAAACCCGAAUUGGAUUCUGCUGGCUCUUUUCCUUCAAAUAACAACGAUACUACUAACCUCUACGUAGGGAAUCUCAGCCCGCAGGUCACGGAAGAAAUUCUUUGCAUGGAGUUUGGAGUUUUUGGUCCUCUUGCCUCCGUAAAGAUUAUGUGGCCAAGAUCUGCAGAGGAGCAUUCGCGCGGCCGUAAUUGCGGUUUUGUGGCGUUUAUGAACAGGGAAGAUGCCGCGAAAUCUAAAGACGCUCUUGACGGAAAAGAACUUUUGGGCUACGAGCUGCGCGUGGGAUGGGGAAAGUGCGUUACACUUCCGUCUCAGCCCUUUUAUGUCCAUAAAACUAUCAGAGACGAAAAUACUUUAACGGGUCUCCCUUUCAACGCUCGGCCUCUCAAAGACAAACGCGAAAGGGACGAUUUGUUUUCCAAAGUUGACUUGACUGCGUUAGAGCAGGCGCUUUAUAACUCGGAGAUUAGCGUUCCGAUCCCCAAAGACGUCACUAUCCGGCGUUUAAUACAUCGCACUAUUGAAGCAUUGGUUAACGAAGGUGCUUUGUUUGAGCAGGUCUUGAUGAUCAAAGUCGCCAGAGAUCCCAAAUUCAAGUUUCUUUUUAACUAUGCCAGCCCUGAACAUCGGUACUACAGAUGGAAGCUGUACAGCGUAUUACAGGGAGACGAGGUCAAUAGCUGGCGAACGACCAGAUUUCGCAUGUACGAAAAAGGCUCUUUUUGGGUUCCGCCAACGCUAGAAGAGGCACGCUUAACCGAGCACGUUAAAAAGGGACAACUAACGGCCAAACAGAGAGACGAGUUGGAGGAUCUUCUACGGAAUCUGACAUUGGCCCGGACAUCUAUUAAGGAAGCCAUGGGCUUUUGUUUAGAAAAUUGUGAAGCUGCCCCUGAGAUCGUUGAGUGUAUUACCGAGUCGCUUUGUAUCCUGGAAACGCCCAUCCAGUUAAAGGUUGCACGUUUUUUUGUUGUUUCCGACAUCUUGAACAAUACUGCUAUGCAAGGUGCCUCAUACUAUCGAACACAAUUUGAGCAAACACUACCACAAAUUGUGGGGAAUUUGAACUCAGCCUACAGAGCUAUUCCGGGUCGCAUGCGUGCUGAACUGUUUAAGAAAAAUAUUUUGAACUGUAUUGCUGCUUGGGAGGAGUGGGCGCUUUAUCCCUUUGACUUUUUGAAUACGUUGAAAACGGCCUUCACGGCGGCACCAAUCAAGAAUGCCUCGGUUCCGGCCACUGCUUCCCCAGCGGGCGAGCCCGAGCCAAUCAUUCAAGCUCAUUCUGCUCCCGUGUCCAGUGUUGAUCACGUGGCGCCUGCGACCGCCCUCCCCGGCUUUAAAGUUGUCGGCUCUGCGGAGGAAGAAGACAUUGACGGCGAGGACAUCGUUGGAAGCGAAGAUAUCGACGGCGAAGAUAUCGAAGGCGAGGAUUUACUAUCUAAACCCAAACCUGAAGCUCUUAAACCAGGUGCGCUCUCUAAAUGGUGCUCAAUUUCCGACGAUGAGGAAGCUGUUAACUCCAAGUGAUAUUUUUUACAUGAAACUAACGCUUCUGGCUUUUAGCCUCAGCAAGAAUGGUAACAGAAAAGCCCAAGGAUGCCCUACCCAGAUCACAGCUCGUGGUCUUGUAUCAUUGUCGCCUUACGUAAUUACAUUUUUCUUUGGUCAUUGUGCUGA